AAAAGGAUGAUAGAGUACAAUUCAAAGUCUGAAGAAACAUAAUCUACAUAUAUAUAUAAGGGGGAGUUGACCGAGCAUGGACCUAUUUAGGUAUGGUGGCCGGUCACUCCCCACACACCUGUAGUCUAUCUAUUGGAACCAACUAUUGUCAAAUGGAACUUCUACUACUUUUAUCGGUUUUAUCUUCUUCGUCUUCUGCACAUCAAUGCCGUUCAACACAAUUAAAAGCCAAAUCCAUAAAACGUAUCGGCCACAUCAAUAUCAUAAUCUCUCAAAAUGGUUUUCUCCCAGAAUCUAAUAAUCUUUUUCCUUCUCCCAAACCAAACAUCUCACCGGUUUCGAUUGCAUCAAGGAUCGCUCUGAAUUCCAGUCCGUUAUUUGCAUUGUUGGACGUUGUGUUAGUCGCAAAUGUCAAGUUCAAGUGGCUCACAACCAAUAAGGUACACUGUUAGACUCUGAUUUUGUUAAUUCAUUACAUUUCACUUGGGUUUGCUUGACAACAUUGUCUGUUGGAAACUUGGAACAAUAGAGAUACAAAUAGAGUUUUUCAUUACCGUGUGUUGUGAACAGAGUCUACAAAUUAUGAUGCUAUACUAUGUUCCCCGUGCGCAUAUUCUAUCCAUGUAUUGGUUUGCUUGAGAAACUUCAAUGGUGAAAUCUAUAAACAUUGUAGUCCGACAACAGACUUCCAGCUUCAAACGUGUUUUGAAGUUUUAAUCAAUAUGGAAUUAAGAAAUUUAGUAGAGGAUUAGAAUCAAAAUGCAAACAAUUAACCUGAUAAUGAUACAUGCAGCUUGAAUGUAAAACUAUUCUUAUACAUUGAUUAUAAAAUAACUUGGGAGAAUUUUUAUUAAGGGCAUUGGAAAGAUUAUGUUUAUUGUGAGGGGCAUAGGUUAUAAACUAAUACUAUCAAUGUUUUUCACUUAUGAAAAGACCAAAUAAUCCCUCUUUCAUUUUCCAUGACCAGUGAAUCUGUAAAUUCAAGAAAGGAAAAUAUAAAUAAAAGACCAUUUGCUCAAAAUCGGAAAAUGGAAAUCUUAUCGGCAGAAACCAUGGCCAAAACUUAAUCUUAUCCUUAGUUGCGGUCGACGGCUCCCCGAUCUGACUUCGUAAUCCAUCCAUCUCCUUCAUCAAUUAAAGUUUGGAGAUCAAUUCAACACAAACAAAGCCCUGGUGCAAUAGUGCACCAAUUACAACUCUUUUUACAUCAGUGGCAUUCUCUUUGAACCCUAAUUAUUAUUAGAAUGAGAAAACUUUGUAAAUGACAGUUGAUUCUUAAUCUUGUUUGAAAUCAAGCAAUUGAGUAAAAAUUAUGGUUUAGUUCUAUUGCAUAUGAAGAAUACAGGAAACCUUGUUAUAGUUUGGAUCAAACAUCUUAUAAAAUAUGAGUUUGGAUGUAUAAAAACAAGAAAAGAAAAAUUUGCAGCAAGGUUGAACUUGGAUGGAUUCUAAAGGAGAGAGGAACUUGGCAUUGGUUUAGAAGAAAUGGUCAAAGUAGUAAUUUUGCAAACCCAAUAAUACUAAAAAUGAUGUAAAAUUAAUGAUAGUGAAUUAAUAAAUCUCAUGCCCUUUUUAAUAAUUAUUAUUCUUCCAAUGCCCUUAAUGAAAAUUUUCCCAAAUAAAUUUGGGACCUCUUAAGGUCUGGGCUAUCAUUCACCAUUAGCCGCGUGAAGUGCAGCCACACAGCCUAGUAGAUAAACUAUAAACUUGAUUUAGUAAAAUCUAAAUUGUUUAGUUUUAGCCGAUGAAAUGUUCCAUCAGUAACCAAAAAUGUCACAUGGAAAACCUAAAACGUUAUAGAACUGCAUAUUCACAAAAUAUUUUUGUAUGAUCUUUUAGGCAAUGCCUACUUAAUUUCGUAACGCAAAAGUUUUUAAAAAAGGAAGUAUGUAUAUGGAAUAAUAACUUGAAAAGACCUUUGCACUGUUAAGAAUGAGAAGAAAAAGUCAUACGACAUUGGUAUAGCUCACUUUAUAAUGUAAUAAUGUCUUUUUCUUUGGUAAGAAAACUUGGCCUCAGUUUUAUCUUAGAUUUCUCUCAAUCACUCUAACUCACGCCGAAGGACAUAUCUCAUCAGCUCUAGCUCAGUAAUCGUUUCAGAAGGAAAAGAUGGUGUUCCAGUGCUCGUGGUGUAAGAAGACCUUCAACAAUUUCACCAUCGAGCAAGGUCGGAUUCAUGUGGUUGCCUGCCAAAAGGCUACUUUGUGAGUUUAUGCACUCGCUGCUGCAGCAGCAGUCGUAGUGGUUGCCAUUGUAGUAGUGGUGGUUGUUGCUGCUAUUGCACGUCGUGGAUGAUCCUCACCACGAUCGUAUAAGGCUACUGUAAGUUACUUUUACUAUUGUUUUUUAGAGAUGACCAAUUAUUUCAUAUUUAGCUUGAUAUAAAUGAAUGAUUUACUUCCUAAAGCGCUGAUGUGAUUGGUGAAACAGAUGCACUUCUACAUGGCAACAUAAGAUAUCUUUGAUAAACAUCAUCUUAAUUGUUAGUGGUCUUAGGUAUUAAUUAUUAUACUCUGUAGAAAGUGAUUUAUGGUAGGGGUUCAUGCAUGUAGUUUCUUGCUGUUGUUCUCUCUUUCCUUUGUAGACAUGAUUAUUUGGUUUUGUUUUCAUUCUCGUGAUCAUUGGUUUUAUUCAGGAAGUAAAUAAUUUAUUAUUAUGAAAGUGUUUAUUAAAAUGAGAAGAUAUGAUGAAAAUGGAAAAGGGAGUUUGGGAUAGAUGAAUGUAGGCAUACCUAAACUUAUAAAUUGAAUAUGAAAGUAUUAAUAUGAAAGUGUUUAUUUCAAAAUAAAAAGAUGGAUGAAAAAGUGGAAAAGGGAGUUUGAGAUAGAUGAAUGUUCACUGAAAAUUCAUGUAUGCAUACAUAAACUUGUACAUAUAUUUUGUUUUUGAGAUCAACUAGCUGCUUAUCAAUUUGUUUUAUCUUUGUAGAUUUACGGUACAGGCGUGGAGCUUGUUGUUGGUUUCUUUAGACUUUUAUUAACUAUUUGACACUUUAUAUUUCUAUGUCUGUAUUAUGAUUUUGGACAUUUUCAUAUGCGUAAAAAAACGUAAUAAUGCAGCCAAAUAUAUUAUUGGAAAACCUAGCUAGUGUAUAUAUUUAACAAGAUCCUAAUGAUUAAAAAAUAAAACUGACCUUUUUUUUUUAUCUUAGAAUGUAACUCCAAUGUUCUUAGUAAUAAUUCUUUUUUUAAGCCACUAAUACUGCUUAAAGGUCAUUUGUUACUUAAUCAUUUGUAGCCAAAAUUACAAAAUCUUAUGAUGGUUUAAUCUAUUUUUAUAAGAUAUACUCACUCUGUCAAAUAAAAUAUUUUAGUGAAAUGUACAAUGUAUAAGGAAAUGAUUUUGUAGAUAUCCUUUGAAAAAAAAGAAGAAAAAUGGCAUGGAUAUCUUGUGAACUGUUUUGUUUUGGGCCAUGUGAAAUUUGGAAAACAAGAAGAAAAAUAUCAUGGAUAUCUUUGGAUGGCUUUUGGACUGGAAAAAACCCAAAAAAAAAACCUAUAUUUGCUCUCGUAAAAAAAAACCUAAGCUUCAGAAAUAUACAAAUAGUAGUAGAUUCUCUUGAAGCAGUUAACUUUUUGACUGACAAAGACUCUUCGUUUGUAAACAACAAUGUGUUUUACAUGAUCAGAGACCUACUUAGGCUCAGUUAGCGAGUUUUGAUCCAGCAUACCCGACGUUGGAAUAAUGUUAUCGCCGAUGGCUUAUCAAAAUUUGCCCUUCAUGUCCUUUAGGAGAUCAUAUUUUAGCAACUCAUCCUGCUAUAGUAACGGAUAACUUAAAAAAUAGACAAAUUAUCUUCAUCCCAUCCUGAAAGGAAAGUUUUUGUAACCUAAUCGUUCUUGGUUUUUUUUUUUUAAUAAGGAAUAGUUUUUUUUAUAAAAAAAAACAAUUUUAUUAAUAAUAAAGAAAAAAAAAGGGCAGCGAAUAUACUAAAGCCUAUAUCAAAUACAAAUUGGAUUUUAAAGUAAAGUUGAAUUCUUGUUCAAUCUAGCAUAGUGACAAACUUGAACUCUCUUUUUAGCCUUAGCUUUUUUCGAUUGAUUGUGAUAUGUUGGAGCAGAAACUUCACUGUAAAAAGACUCUUGUUCCAUUGCAUAUUUCAUAUCAAAGUCGUUAUUUUCAGAAGCAUGAUUUAGUCCACCUUCGGAAUUUAUUUCUUCAAUCAAAUAAUUUGGAUUAAAAGUCUCAGUGUUUUUCCCGAUUUCCGUAUCAUCCUUGGACAAGUACGAUUUUGCAGCCGUAAUGGGCAGUAAAACUUGUAAAAGAGGAUGAGGAGAGAUGGUAAAUUCUGGGGCUUCCGGAUUUAACUUUUUAAUGGGGCUGUUGAAAGAGUUAUUUGAGGAAGAGAUUCCUUCCUUAUUUGAGGGAGAAGAGUCGGAUAGAAGAGUAAUUUGACGUUGUCUUUGCCUCACUUGAGUUUUGAAGAGUCUUAUGCACAAUUGGCGCUGAGAUCACGGGAGUCUGCUCACCUUGUUCCGCACUUGAAGAAGGAAAAGAUGGAGUCAGUUUCGGAUUCAAACCUGAACGACCUUGGAGAUUUGAAAUUGAAUCAGUUUGGCUGGAGAUUCCGCACAUCUUGGGCGUUGACUGCACAUCAACGGGAUUCUGUUCCAAGGGCGUAAUCUUUAGGAGUUUUCCGGCUGUCAUCGGAGAUUCUCGCCACCGUUCCACCAUUGACGAUGUAGCAGCCAUCGAAGACAACCGAAUUGAUAUGGAUUUUUCAGUUCCAAUCAUCAGAUUAUCAGCAACAAUAGAAACCAAAUGAGUAGCAACAGCGGCAGCACCAAGUGAAUCUUCAGGGUCUUCCUGGGCUGCUGAGACUUGUUGAGCGUCGUUGAUUUGUUGAACAUUCACUUCAUUGAUUCGCUCUGAGAUCGGCGGUAAGAAUUGAGGGGAAGAUGAUUUUUCUCCCUUAAUUAGUGGAGAAGCAACAACUUUGGCGGCUCGCUAUUCAGGAAUAACAUUGCUAGUUUAUUGUUCGGCGGUGAUGGUUUGUUGAUCUUCCAACAGCAGCAUAACAGGAGGAUCCUCUGGUUGGAUCGCUGAUUCCACCGGCCCAUUUUGUUUAUGCGCAACAGUCUCUACUUUCGGAGGUUCACCUUGCGGAGUCGCAGCUGGCAUAUGUGCGACUUUCAAUGGAUUGUUUGUUUCCUGCGUGUUCUUUUGCUUGGCUUGGGAUGAUUGCUGUAACUGCUGUUUCGGAUGAAGCAAAUCAAUCUUUUGUGAUGAUGGUGAAAUUGUGUUGUGUCGGCAGGAAUGGACAUCAUGUCCAAUUUUUUUACAAUCGACACAAUAUUGAGGCAUGUUCUCAUAAAAAAUUUAUUGAAAAUAGGUCUAUCCUUCAACACCAAGUCUGAUACGAAUUGGAUGCUCCUUGAGAAGAUCUAGUUCCACACAAACUCGCGCUACCGAUGGUCGUAACGUGUUAAGAGUUGGAACGUCGAUUUGAAGGGGGGUUCCGAUAAUGCUAGCAAGUUUCCACAAAUAUUCUUGGUUGAAACGAUGAAUUGGGAGACCUUCUAGGGAGAUCCAAACAGGGACGAUUAACCUUUCGUACGCUGGAUUAAAAUCCGUUGUCCACUUUAGGACCCGCAUUCGAUGUUUGUCAAAUGUCCACAAACUUUUGAGCCAGCAAAGGUGAAAAUCUUCCUCUAGUUCAAAGCGAAAGAGGAUGUGUCGGUAAUCAAUCGAUCCAAGAGAAAAACUUCCUUUGAAGCCGAUAGUCUGGAAUUCUCUUCUCAAAAAAUCCAUUUUUGGCUAGCCUUUAGUAAACUUUCCUACAAGAGCAAGGCGGAAUGGAGCAGCCAGUUCAACAUCUUCUUCUUUUGUAAGAAGAAAAGUUGGCUCACCUUUGAAAGUCGUUGGUUCGGAGAGUAUCAUAAUCGAAUGGUGUUUGAAUGAGGGUUCAUGUAUGGCUUUUGGAUUUGCCUCGGAUCCUAGAAUCUGAGCAAAGGAGGCCUUUUGGGGGUGCUUGGUAGGUGGUGGUCGGCCUAUGGCCAGUGGCGGGUCGCCGGCCAUAGGAGAGUGACAAAGAAGAAAAAACUACUUCUUUCCAAACUGUUCUUGGCUUCCUUCUCAUAUAAACAAUUAAAAAAUAAAAAGAAGACUGCUUCAAAACCCAUCUGAUUAUCACCAGUGCACCCCUAACAUAGAGAUA